AUGACCCGCCCGCCUGUUCCUUUCCUUUCGAUGCCACCCAUGGCUAGCAGUUCGACAUCGUCGAGAUGCCUGACGGCGAGCGUCACCGGGACGCACAACUUGGAGGUGACGAGCUACUCGCUGCUCGAAGGCAUGGGGGUCGGCAAGUUCGUGAGCUCGACCACCUUCUCCGUCGCCGGCUACGACUGGAACCUCCGCUUCUACCCCGACGGCAUCACGGACAACGACAGAAAGGAAGGCUACGGGGCUGUUUGGAUGCUUGCUUCAGUUUACCAAAUUUCUAUAGCUAAGACGCAUAACUUCGAGCGAGCCGGCAGCGACUGCAGGAUCGCCAGGUUCGUCAAGAAAUCUGACCUGCAGGAACAUGCAAUUCGCCGGAUUCGGUUCACUGGCAACGACAGCUUCAAGAUCGAGUGUUCGCUGACCGUCAUAAGCGAGUCUCGCGCUGAAGACGUGAGCACGAUCCCAGUCCCGCCGUCGAACCUGCACCAGCACCUCGCCGGCAUGUUGCACGGCGUCGAGAUCGCGGAUGUGGAGUUCAGCGUCGGCGGCGAGCCGUUCCGCGCCCACGCGUGCGUGCUGGCGGCGCGGUCGCCGGUGUUCAGGGCGGAGCUCCUCGGACCAGCUGCUGCACGGAGCAUCAAGAUCGACGACGACGACGACAUGGAGCCCGCGACAUUCAAGGCGCUUCUUCACUUCAUCUACACGGAUCACCUGCCGAACGACUCCGGAUUCGGCAAAGACGCGGCAAUGCAGCGGCGUCUGCUGGUGGCUGCCGAUCGCUACGGGGUGGACAGGCUGAGGGCGAUGUGCGGGGUCAAGCUGUACAAGAGCGUUAGCGUUGGGACGGUCGUGGAUUCCCUGGAAUUCGCAGAGAAGCACCACUGCGCGCAGCUCAAGGAUGCUUGCCUUGGAUUCAUGGCUUCACCUAACGUUCUUGGUGUCGUCAGGAAAACCGAUGGAUUCAAGCGUCUCGUGGAGGGCUGCCCUUGGGUCUUGAAGGAGAUUUUAGACAAGGUGCCUAGAUUCUGAAAAGGU